AUGAUGAAACCUUCCACGGCAGAGACGCUUCAUAAAGGAAGGAUGUUGUGGAUAAUUCUUCUAAGCACAAUUGCUCUAGCAUGGACUACACCUAUUCCCUUGAUAGAGGACUCGGAGGAACUGGAUGAGCCCUGCUUUGAUCCAUGUUACUGUGAAGUGAAGGAGAGCCUUUUCCAUAUACAUUGUGACAACAAGGGAUUUAUAAAUAUUAGUCAGAUAACAGAGUCGUGGUCGAGACCUUUUAAACUUUAUCUGCAGAGGAAUUCCAUGAGGAAAUUGUACACCAACAGUUUUCUUCACUUGAACAAUGCAGUAUCUAUUAACCUUGGGAACAAUGCACUGCAGGACAUUCAGACGGGGGCUUUUAACGGGCUCCGAGUUCUGAAGAGGUUGUAUUUGCACGAAAACAAAUUGGACAUUUUCAGGAACGACACUUUCCUGGGUUUGGAAAGUCUGGAAUAUCUGCAGGCAGAUUACAAUGUCAUUAAAAGGAUUGAAAGCGGGGCGUUUCGAAACCUAAGUAAAUUGAGGGUCCUUAUCCUAAAUGACAAUCUUAUCCCCAUGCUCCCCACCAAUUUAUUUAAGUCUGUGUCCUUAACCCACUUGGACUUGCGGGGGAACCGCCUCAAAGUCCUUUCGUACCGCGGGAUGUUGGACCACAUUGGCAGGAGCCUGAUGGAGAUCCAGCUGGAGGAGAACCCGUGGAACUGUACGUGCGAGAUUGUGCAGCUCAAGAGCUGGCUGGAGCGCAUCCCCUACACCGCUCUGGUGGGGGACAUCACCUGCGAGACCCCCUUCCACUUCCACGGGAAGGACCUGCGGGAAAUCAAGAGAAGCAAGCUCUGCCCCAUGCUGUCCGACUCCGAGGUGGAAGCCAGCCUGGGCAUCCCUCAGCUGUCCUCCAGCAAGGAGAACGCGUGGCCUACGAAGCCUUCCUCCAUGCUGUCCUCCUUCCAUUUCACCGCUUCCUCUGUUGAGUACAAAACGUCCAACAAGCAGCCCAAGCCCACCAAGCAGCCCCGGGCGCCCCGGCCUCCCCCGACCCCCCGUGGCCUGUACCCCGGGCCCAACCAACCGCCCGUGGCUGCCUACCAGACCCGGCCCCCCAUCCCCAUCAUCUGCCCCACCGGCUGCUCUUGCAGUUUGCACAUCAACGACCUGGGCCUGACGGUCAACUGCAAGGAGCGGGGAUUCCACAACAUCUCCGAGCUCCUGCCCAGGCCCUUGAACGCCAAGAAGCUGUACCUGAGCGGGAAUUUGAUCCAGAAAAUCUACCGCUCCGAUUUCUGGAAUUUUUCCUCCUUGGAUCUCUUACACCUGGGGAACAACCGGAUCUCCUACGUGCAGGACGGGGCGUUCAUCAACCUGCCGAACCUCAAGAGCCUGUACCUGAACGGGAACGACAUCGAGCGGCUGACCCCGGGCAUGUUCCGGGGCCUGCAGAGUUUGCAUUACCUGUACUUCGAGUACAACCUGAUCAGGGAAAUCCAGCCGGCGGCCUUCAGCCUCAUGCCCAACCUGAAGCUCCUCUUCCUCAACGACAACCUGCUCCGCACGCUGCCCACCGACGCCUUCGCCGGCACCUCCCUGGCGCGCCUCAACCUGCGCAACAACCACUUCCUGGCGCUGCCGGUGGCCGGGGUGCUGGAGCACCUGCACGCCAUCGUGCAGAUCGACCUGAAGCUCAACCCCUGGGACUGCACCUGCGAGCUGGUGCCGCUGAAGCAGUGGCUGGAGGCGCUCAGCUCCGUCAGCGUGGUGGGCGAGGUGCUGUGCGCCAGCCCCGAGCCGCUGGCCCGCCGCGACCUGCGCUCUCUGGAGCUGGCCGCGCUGUGCCCCGCCGCCCUGCGCCCCGCCGCCGCCGCCUCGCCCCCCGCCGCCGCCCCGCCGCCGCCCGCCGCCACCGGCGCGGCCGCCUACGAGCUGCCCCCGGCCGCCGCGGCCGCGGCCGUGCCGCUCUCCGUGCUCAUCCUCAGCCUCCUCGUCCUCUUCUUCUCCGCCGUGCUGGUGGCCGCCGGGCUCUUCGCCUUCGUGCUGCGCCGCCGCCGGAGGAAGCUGCCGUUCCGCGGCCCGCGGGCGGAGGCGGCGGACCUGGGCGCGGUGCCGCUGCGCUGCCCGCGGCUCUUCCCCGAGGGCGGCGGCGGCGGCGGCGGGGGCGGCGGCGGCGGGGGGUGCCCCGGGGAGCGGUCCCCGGAGAAGGCGCCCCCGGCGGGCCACGUCUACGACUACAUCCCGCACCCGGUGACCCAGAUGUGCAACAACCCCAUCUACAAGCCGCGGGAGGAGGAAGAGGCGGCGGGUGGCGGCGGCGAGGCGGCCGAGCUGCUGCGGGGCGGCGGCGAGCGCGGCUUCGCCCACCCCGCCGCCCCCGCCGCCGCGCCGGAGCCGGGCAGCAGCUACCGCACCUUGCUGGAGAAGGAGCAGGAGUGGAGCCUGGCCGUGUCCAGCUCGCAGCUCAACACCAUCGUGGCCGUGCACCCCCAGCACCCCGCGGGCGGAGGGCUGGCGGCGGGCGCGCUCGGGGCGCCGGCGGCGGCGGCGGGGGGAGCCCCGCGGGACCGCGACCGCCCGCCGCCCUGCGCCGUGGGGUUCGUGGACUGCCUCUACGGCACCGUGCCCAAGCUGAAGGAACUGCACGUCCACCCCCCCGGCAUGCAAUACCCGGACCUGCAGCAGGACGCCAGGCUGAAGGAGACCCUGCUCUUCGCGGCCGGCAAGGGCUUCCCGGACCACCAAACCCCCACAAGCGAAUACCUCGAGUUAAGGGCCAAACUCCAAACCAAGCCGGAUUACCUCGAAGUCCUGGAGAAGACCACGUACCGGUUCUGA